AUGGAAAGGCCUGAAGCCAUCGGCACCGUCACAAUGCUCACGUCGGGCCUCCCAGAGACGUUCAUCUCCAUAACCGGGCGCUCUUAUUCUCCACACGUCAAUCUUUCCGACGCAGUACCACAAAGCAUUGGUGCAGCACCGGCCACGACGAGUUUGCAUCGAGGGCGAACGGUAAAAGAGCAAGGCAUAUGGUCGCACCAAGUGAGGCGGUCGCUGUCGCCUCUUCAGGGAUGUUCAUAG